AUAAUCGACGAAUGAGCCAACAACAAUGAUAAUAAUUUUACACAACUGAAGAGUUUAUUGUCCCGGUGAAUUAAUCAAUUUGGCAAAACAAUUCUGCAACAAUAAAUUAUUAUUGAACACUUGUAAGUGACGAGUACUUAAAAAUCAUCGAGUGUCAUCGGAAUACUCUUAAAUUAAAUGUAUCAUUUUGUCACUGUCAUUUUUUUAAUGUAAAAUGUAGUGACGAUGCGCAUAAUCACCUGUUGUUGUCACAAAUGUAAAUGCAAUCGAUAUUAGUGUUUGACGUGUGAUAAGACCCCCAUAAUGCCAAAAAAUGAGUACAUAAAGUGAUUAAACUGGUUCAAUUGCUCAUCGCAUCCGCUGCAUGUUAAGAUGUGACUUCAUCGACAAAACUCACCCCCCGAACACCAAAAGAUAAUCCCAUAAUCCAUCUCCUAAAAUGGAGAAGAUAGUUCCAAUAAAUUGGGUGAAUAAACUCCUGCUGAUUCUCAGCAUCUCGACAGCUGGUCUAUGUCUGCUCCUGGAGCAAUGGUUUUCCCUCACAAAUCUCCCGAUCUACAUCCCCCUGAUCUGGUCCCUGAUCCUGAUUACGGUCUCGACCUGGCUGAGCUGUAUAAUUCUGAAAUACACUCUGAAAGCCACCAGCCCCUUGAACAUCGAGCCCCUGACCAAAUGGCUGAAAUCCCGACUAAAAAUUCCCGCCAACUCCUCAACCCCUUUAACCACCUCUCCCUCGAGGUCCCACAAAAUUCACGAUUCAACAAUAGUAAAACUGGUGUCCGAUAUCGAUGACAAAUACAUAUCGACCUGGUACGACAGUAUAACAUCAGAGAAAACCUUCAGGAACGAGUCCAAGCACCUGCUGAAGCAGCUCUUCAGGAUGAUUUCCAGAAAAUUGUCUCGAGUCAACGAGAUCCGUAUCACCCACAAACUGAUGGACGUUCUUUUGCUGCAUUUGAAAGAAUACAGAAGAUCCUUGAAGAGAAUUGAGAAGGGCUCGAAGGACCUGGAGGACGCCUACAGGUGCUCCCAUCCUGGCUCGAGGUCAUCAGUGGCUCUGGAACACACCCUCCACCGAAUGGUAACACUCAUUGCCCGGGAAUUCCUCCAGUGGGAGCUAACCAGUUCUCUCCCCUGCAAACUCCUGAUUUCAGUCCUCGCCAAACGCCUCCUGAAGACGGUAUCUGAGUUCAGUGAUCCUCAGUGUCUGCUCACACACGUCUUGAAAUUACUGAAGUCCACAGGAUGUUCCAGGGCCUCGGAGAAGAGGAAUGGAUUGGUCUCGAAAGCCCUGACGGUGGGGAUCACUUCAGUGACAGCUCCAGUAAUCCCCAGGGCCUUCGAGGAAGCUCCCCCGACGUUCGAGAUCACAGAGCCAGAGGGGGCAGUUUACUCAGCUUCCGAACGUGGGGAAUUGUCGCUGGAGGGGUUAUCCUCUCCCAAGGGCCUCUGGGCUGAGGAAAUUGAGGAUCCUGAAGAUGAUGGUAUCUCUCCUAUUUACGAAGAGCCCACGGACUUUGCCACGACAAUUGCUAGACUCAGGAGUCUACUUCAACAGAAGUCCUCAGCAACUACACCUCAACCUGAGGAAAAGUCCCACGUUUUUUACGAAGGAAAUCAAUUUACUAACUUGGCCAUCCCCUGGACGGAGUUUUGCACCGCGCCUGAUGGAUCACAGCAGCUCCUGUAUUGCAUACAAUUCGAUGAUAUCGAGCAGCAUGGCGAGGACCUCUUCGAGACCACCACUGCCACCACCAGAAGGCAAUAUUCGGAUUUUGUCCAGCUUCAUGGGACUCUGGAGGAGGUGCCUGAGUAUGCUGAGGUCGUCUCGGAGAUCAGAUUGCCAGAUGGGGGGAGAGUUGAGAUGGAGAAUUACCUCAGGAUGCUGUGUGCGAGGCUCGGGGAUUCUGCACAGUUGAGACACUUCUUGAGACCCAGCAGUGGUGGAGGGAAAAAAGCUGAUGCCGUCGCCCCUCGGCUGGAUAGAUUCCUCGCUAAAACAGUCACUGGAGUUUUUAAUACUCUCAGGACAGUCGUUCCUGGAUUCGAAAUGGAGGAGGAAGAGGUAGCUUUGCCAACAUUGAUGCCCCUCGCUGAUAUCCCCUGGAGAUUCGUGGAGGACAUAAAGACGAAGAAUCUCGCCGACGAAUUGAAGCAACUCGUCGCCGAGAGAAUCGAUUACUGCACCGUUGAUACUGCGUACGAAGCAGUCGACACCAUCGAAGGCAGUGGAGAUUCUGAGCUCCUGGCCCACUGGUGGGAGACAGCACAAUCCCCCUACGACGAGGAACUCGACGAGAUCGAUUCGAAGCUCAUGAUUACCUGCUCCCUCUUGGAUAUUCUCUGUGAAAUUCUCGCGGGGAUUAAGAGCUCCAGUACUAUCAGGCAAGAGGCUGUCGUCAGGUGGAUUAAAUUGUUCUUUGGCAGCUGCAUUGAGGGUGUAAUUCAAGACUGCCUGGGAGGCAUCUCUGAGGUUUUCAAAUUGGAAAUCGAUGAUGACGAGGGGGAGGACGGGGGUGGAGACCUGGAGGAGAGGGUGGUGCAGGGGCUCGUGGGAAAAGCCUAUGGCGAUCUUAAGACCGUCUUUGGAGAGGACGAGCUCACUAACAUGAUUGCUUUCUUCGUCAGGUCCUUUGGAUCUCGAAGAGUUAAUUGUGAUGUUGCUCUUCAGGUUCUCGAUGUUGCAGCCUCUGAACUUUUCGCCGCUUGCAGGGAUAAACCGACUACGGCGGGAGGGGUGAGUACCUGAUUUUGUAUAUAAAUUAUUGUUAAGGAUUUUCGUUGACGAACAAUUUUUGUAUUGCACUGGAAGAUUAUUUAAUAUGGAAGAGUUUAUUUCAUGUUUAACAAUUUUUUUAUUCGAUGGGUGGAAUAUUUUUACUGUUCGUUUUACUGUCUAUUUUUUUGAGAAUAAGAUUUAUUUGAUUUUCUGGUAUUUAAUAUUUUUAUUCGGAGAAUUAUAUUUUUCGAUGGGCAGAAAUAACGAGUAGAAUAUUGAUGAUAAUUGUUAAAAAUGUAUUGAUAAUCCAUAUCACUGAAAAAUUAUAUUUCUUCAGACAAUUUCGAAUGUGUUGGAAUAGAAAAAUAGUACGAAGGAUGGAUUUUGUGAUGAAGAGCUAUCGAAAUCAUUCCAGAUUUUGUUAUUGCAAAAUGUUCAUUGACUUUGACAUGAUGUAUACUAAUGAAAAAUACAAUAGAUUCAAAACCAA